CCUUCGCAGGAGAUUUGUCCGCGGUGCGCCACCGUCUGCCGAGGUGCGCCGCCGAGCGAGUCCGGGCGGGUACGGCGGCCGCCGGAGCCGGAAGAGCUGCGGCGUGCGCUGCCUGCUCGCUCUGUGUGCCUCCUCGGCUCCGCCACCUGCCCCGCCAUGACCGAGAAGGGCGAGCUGGACCUCACCGGGGCCAAGCAGAACACGGGCAUGUGGCUGGUGAAGGUCCCAAAAUACUUGUCACAACAGUGGAGUAAAGCUUCAGGAAGAGGUGAAGUGGGAAAACUAAGGAUUGCCAAAAAUCAAGGAAGAACAGAAGUGUCAUUUACUUUGAAUGAAGAGCUUGCAAGCAUCAAUGAUAUUGGAGGAAAACCUGCUUCAGUCAGUGCACCAAGGGAACAUCCCUUUCUUUUGCAAAGUGUGGGAGGACAGACCUUAACUGUGUUCACAGAAAGUUCAGUAGAAAGCCAACCAGAAGAAAAAUCUGAAAGCAGCAGCACUGAUAAGCUUUCCUUGGAAGGAAUAGUGGUGCAACGUGCUGAAUGCAGACCUGCAGCUAGUGAAAAUUACAUGAAACUGAAAAGGUUACAAAUAGAAGAAUCUUCUAAACCUGUAAGGCUAUCACAGCAGCUGGACAAAGCCGUAACCACGAACUACAAACCAGUGGCUAAUCAUCAAUACAAUAUUGAAUAUGAGAGGAAGAAGAAAGAAGAUGGGAAACGGGCUCGAGCUGACAAACAGCAAGUGUUGGACAUGCUUUUUUCAGCCUUUGAGAAACAUCAGUAUUACAACAUUAAAGACCUGGUGGACAUAACCAAACAGCCAGUGGUAGAUAUACCUGAAAGAAAUUUUAAGAGAAAUAGGCAUUUACAAUGUGAAGGGGACCCACAAAAACACAUGGGAGCUGAAGCCAGAAUACAGGCACUACCAAGAAGAGAAGAGUGAUUAACAGAAGUGUUUGUGAAGACAGAAUUGGUGAUUGGACUGAGGGAACUACAGUGGGUUUACGAAGAGGACUGAGUGCAACACAAUUCUGCCAGGUUUGAGUCAAAUUAAAGCAGCUGAUCCUUGGUAAUUUUCUGUAGCUUUAUUUUUUCCCAAGGAAUAUUUCUUGGAUGUUUCUCUUAAGUGUUUUUUGUCUUUUAACAGCAAGAAAAAAAAAACCCACAACAACCACCAUAUUUAUAGAAUAAACUUGUAUUAGAUUUAUCUUUAUUAGAAAUCUUUUGAGUUAUGAUCUUACUUUAUAGCUUUGUGGUUUUUCCAAGCCUUAAUGACUUUGAAGGAAAACAUGUCCUAGAGGAACUUGUAACUUUGUGGGUUUGCAUUCCAGUAGAACUGGUUUAAUACCCCCACUUCAUGCUGAGAUCUGUCAAGGCUUUCUCUGGAAGGUUGCAGAGAUGCACAGCUCUGUGCAGAAUUUUGGUGGAAUGGACAUGAUGCUUCUUUUGGGAUAAGGCUUUAGAAAAUACAGCCACAGAUGGUGCUCAUCACUCCUUAGACUUCAUGGGAACAAACCAACAAGCUAAAAAAGCCCUUAAUGCAAAGCCUGUUGGUUUCAUAGGUCAGUAGGAAGAUGCCCUUCAGGUAAUCACUGAGAAAAUAAAAGAGUUGAAAUGUCUGUUAGAUAAAACAAGGAAUAGAUUUAUCUCCUGUUUGUUUGUUGGGGUUUGUCUUUUUAUGAUGACACCUAUGGUUUAAGUGCAGCAAUAAAAGCAUUGUUUUAAUUUUUACCAGACAA